AUCUGCGCAUGCUCACAAUUACUAAACUGGUGUUGUGGAGUCGUGUUUGUGUGGCGUGUGUGUUACGGGAAAAUACAGAGACGUGUGCAUUUUUAGUUCGGCUAAGUCGCCUAGAAAUUAAUAUAGCUUGCAUUACUUUUAAUGCUGUUGGGUGCCGCUAACUUUUAAUUUUGCGUGCCCUUUCUGACUUAGCUCAGCUGCUUUCUAGUCCACUUUAAGGAGGCGUGUGCCGUGCCUCCAGUCCAGCGAGAAAGUGCUCAGCCCGGCCAGGCUCCUGCCGCAUCAGCUGAACUGUUUUCGGUUUGUCCCUUCGCUGCUGACCCGCGCCCAGAAGGCUAAUAGCAAACCCCGGAGAGCUAUGGCCUCCAGAGCCCUGAGGAACCCUUACAAAGAUUAUGAUGGGACGCCAGUCUGCGCGCAAGGCUUGUUCGACUAUAAAGGCAGGCUCACCUCCGAUUUCAUUAGCCGUCUGCGUGGUAAAGUCACAGAGCUGCUAUUCCAAAUGGAGAAUGGGCUGAGGUCUGCCGACCCCAGGGACUGCAGCGGCUACACUGGAUGGGCAGGCAUCGCCCUGCUAUACCUACAUCUUCACAGCGUGUUCGGGGAGUCCUCCUACCUGCAGAGGGCGCUAGACCACGUGAGCCGCAGUCUACAAUGCCUGACACACCGCACUGUAACCUUCCUGUGUGGCGAUGCGGGCCCGUUGGCUGUGGCAGCUGUGGUGUACCACAGGCUGGGGAGAAGCCAGGAGUCCGAGGAGUGCGUGGGCAGGCUGCUCCAGAUGCACGAUUCAGUCGUGAAGGGGAAGGGAAACCUUCCAGACGAGUUGCUCUAUGGCCGAGUGGGAUACUUGUAUUCGCUGAUCUUCAUCAACCAGCAGUUUGGGCAUGAGAAGGUUCCCUACCAGUACAUACAGCAGAUUUGUGAGGCCAUCUUGGCCUCUGGGGAGAUCCUGUCCCGGAAGCGGCAGACUGUGGACCAAACCCCUCUGCUGUAUGAGUGGUACCAGGAAUACUACGUGGGGGCGGCACACGGCCUGGCGGGAAUCUACUACUUCCUCAUGCAGUCAGGUUUCGGGGUGGGUGAGGAGAGGCGUCUGAGACUCAUAAAGCCCAGCGUCGACUACGUCCGACGGCUGAAGUUUCCGUCGGGGAACUACCCGCCAUGCAUCGGGGACUCGCGCGACCUGCUGGUUCACUGGUGCCAUGGCUCACCCGGCGUGAUCUACAUGCUUCUGCAGGCCCACAAGGUGUAUGGCGGUGAUGGCUACCUGGCAGACGCGCUGCAGUGUGGGGAGGUCAUUUGGACCUGGGGCCUCCUGCAGAAGGGCUAUGGCCUGUGCCAUGGGACAGCAGGCAACGCCUACGCCUUCUUGGCUCUGUACAAGGCCACGGGACACCUUAAGCACCUCUACAGGGCCUGCAAGUUUGCGGAGUGGUGUAUGGACUACGGAAGGCAUGGCUGCCGUACUCCGGACACGCCCUUUUCACUGUUUGAAGGUAUGGCUGGCACAAUCUACUUCCUUGCUGACCUGACUCAGCCUCUGAGGUCAAAGUUCCCAGCCUAUGAGAUCUGAUGGAUCCCCCUCCCUCUUGGCGGCGUCACCCUCGCUAUCGCUGUUCAUGCCUGCAAGCAGAUCCCGCUUUGACCCCCUGGCAGACGCCGCCCCAGAGCCCGUGCCAGGGAGCUGCCGGUGUCGGGGAGUCGGGCUUGGUGCCCCUGUAGGCCACUCUCUGGGUCCACCCCCAUGAUUUUUGGUUUGCAGACACUGAGGUUCAGGAGAUCUGGCAGGCUAAUGCUUGGCACCUCUCCUCCCGACGGGCGAGUACGGAGAAGAAGAAGGACGGGGUAACCUGGUUAUGGUGGGUCGACUAAGCAUCCCUUCAUAAUUAUUUUUUUACUAAUAUGUGAUAACACUUCUUUUUUGCUGAUAUCAGUUUUUAUAUCUAAGUUUCACCUUAACCUUUUUCCAUAACAACCAGCACUUCUCACAUAACUCGCCUAGAUGAAGAGUCUCCUUUCACUUUUGUUAACAAAAUAGUGGUGUUUAGUUUUGUGGGAAUUUUUGCCUUCGCUGAACAGCAAAAUCAACAGUUUUAAUGUCACUGUCAUUAAGCUGUUGGACCAUUUCAGUUAAUAGUUUUCACAGGAGGUGGCUAUGACCUGUCCUUUAGGGUGUUUACCUAUUUACUGGGUAUUAAGGUACUUUACUAAUGUAAAAAUUAAGAUGGAAGAGUUCUGUAGCUUUCAUUCGCAUGUAGCUGGUAGGUGUUGAGACGGGAUGCUUGGUACAUGGACUUUACCGGAUGUUCGGUGAGCUUUGUGGACAUUAGCGCCUUGGGGCUUUGCUCAAACCGCUUUGCAGGGCUGCUACUCAUUGGAAAAAAUAAUAAAGUGUUUGAUAUCUGUCACACCAAA